UUACACUGUUUAUGCAUGUGAACAAAAAUGCCAGAUCGAUGUGUAGUUUUUGGUUGUUCUAACGUAGCCAGUUUGGAGAAAGGCAUUUCACUUCAUCGCAUACCAUUUUUUAACGACGAAAGAAGCGAAGCUAAGCGUAGGAGAAAGCGAUGGGUCAACUUUGUGAAAGCUACUCGCGAUAAGUGGGUCCCCACAAAGAAUUCCGCAGUUUGCUCGGAACACUUCACAAAAGAUUCGUUUUCUCGGCAAUUCGGCUCGCUUUCUGAAUCAGAAAGUAAUUUUGCACCUCGACUCAUUCGAGAUGAAUUCGGAAUCGUUGCUUACCCGAGCAUUUAUCCUCGAAAAGAUGACAAUGAACUUACAACAAGAGAUCGCAGAAUGAUUCUAUAUCAUACAAUAAGAUGUAUGCAACUUUAACUAAACCAAGGUUGAUUGCUGGAAUCGUUAAAGCUUCUCCAAUGUCUCAAACAAGUGCAUUGGAGGGAUUUCACUCAGUUCUUAACCAGUUUGCACCCAAAAUGAUAAGCUACUCUUUUCCUGGGAUGUUCUGCAGGCAUAUCCUUGCUGUAACUCACUUCAACGGCAAUUUGGACAGGGAUAAUCAAGAGGUUAAUGGAGUUCUCCAGGUUAAAGUGCAUUAUCCAAAAUUUAAAAAUGGUGAAGCUGUUGUAAGAAAUGUAAAAGUUGCUCAGGAUUUUGGGUAUGUUGAAGAUAAUUAUCAAGUGUUGUGCUCUGCACUCAUUGAUGAGGAAACAUUGAGAAAAGCCAAAGCUGAAGUAUCACCUGUCCAAGAAAUAAUCACUAAUCAGAGAAAUGAGAGAGCAGCACCUCGAUGCACUGUGUACAAGAAUUGGAUGAAAGGCCAUAAAAAUAUAAUGAACUGUCCAAAAAACCGAAAGUAACCAGUUUUUUAGGACCUGGUGGUAUGAGCCCAGUUAGUUGGGAUUCAGUGAAGUGUGAAUUGACUGCAUGGACAGAAUAAAGAGAAAGGAAUUGUAAUUUUGUAUGUUUUGUAUAACAAGUAUAAGUGUGAAUUGAAGAUGCAAUAAAUCAAGAGUGGCUUAAAUCAUUCCACACUUCACUGAAUCCCUACUAGCUGGGCUCAUGCAAACAACACCUAAAAUAAUAUAUAAUGUUAUGUUAUUUUACAAAUUGUCCUCUUCAUACCCUGCAAAGUGUUCAUUUUUUUUAAAUUAAAAGUUUUUCAAAUAA